ACAACUGCUACUACCACCUCCACGUAUCUCCCCUUCCCCUUCGAUUUCCCUGCGCCUCCUGUUUGAUGAUCUCUUCGCGGUCUGCUCCGAAUUGGGGUUUAUCCACGGUCGAUGCUUGAUUUCUGAGUUUGGAGUUGGUAUUUCGAAUCAUUUCGAGUCUCUGUCUGAUUCCAACACUUUUGGAUCCUGGAUUGGAGGUCAGGGGUUGCGUAUUAUGCUUGCGGUUUGAUCGAGUAGUAGGGGGCUCGCGUACUGGCUGUGCGAUUUAGUUUCCGGUUCGUGUGUAUGGGUUUUGAACUUUUGACUCGUCCGGAAUUUUGAAUUUUAAAUCUGUACCCACCAUUUGUGGAUGUAUGAUCGCCUUUGAGUUGGUUGCUUUAAUUGGGGUUCGAAAUUACAUGGCGUGACCACUCGAUUUGGAGUUGUGAGCGCUGGGGAUUUGGACUCCCAAUUCGAAAUGUCGGGUUUGCAAUUUGAGUUUUAGCGUGAGAUCUCAGCCUUUUUGUGUUGGCAACCGAAAAUUUGAUGCGUUGCAAGCUGCAUCCUGGCUGCAUUGCAAGUGCCGUGCGGUGCAGACCAACGAGGACACGACGACCCUGGGGAGCGCAGGAGGGGCCAUGGCUGGGUCCUCCGGUGUCGCCAUGACCGCGGCUGCGACGGAGACGGAGGAUGACGAGAUGGCCGUGGCGGCGGCGGCGGAGGAGGAGCAGGUGGGGCCGGCGGAGACGAAGGAGCACGCCCAGCGCAUCCUCUUCCUAUUGACAACUUCACCCGCCAGGUGGCUAGGUGUCGGAGAUGCUAGAGACAGGGCGCGCGCUGUUCAGGGACCUCGCGCCGACUUCGAGGACCGCCUCUGCUCUUAUGAGUCCUCAUCGCCGUCUCUUCUUCUUCCCUUGCUCGUGGGGGAAUCGGCAGCCAAUCGGGGAAUAUGAUGGUGGUUUGUGCAGGAUCCACAAGUAGCGGGUGGAGCGGUGAGAGGAGGCGACCCGGGAGGGAGCUGCGCACCUCCUCCACACCGUCCGCGACUAGCCGAGGCCCGAGAGGUCUCCAAUCCCUCCAAUCCAUCGCUCCCAUUUCACCUCCUGCCUCAGCUGUGCCGUCCCGUCUUCAACUAGGCCAUGUCCUGUGAUGAACUGUGUGGUUUCGGUUCAUGUCACUCUGCAGUAGCAACCCUCAACUGAGUAGCUGCACAAGUUAACAACCUGUUUGCAGUAGCAGCAGCAACUGCCUGCACACAUAUAUUGCCAUGUCUAGUUUGAUGUAUUUGCAUCAUGAGUGAUGGGUACCUAACGA